AUGACAGAAAACAGCGAGAUGGAAAGCGAGCAGCAGCCCCGCGAGCUCCAGCGGUCACCUAGCACCAUGUCAAUCGCACCUGCCUCUAAGCUUCUGCGCCUGAAGCGCUCUCUCUCUUUCAUGCGCAGUAAAAGUGUGGAGAACUUUUUCCAGCGUUCCCAGAGCGACGCUCGACCGCCUCCCGACUUCCUGUACGACCCUCCGCCUCCGUCCCCGCCCCUGUUGCCGGGGUCACCGUUACCCGGUGACUGCUCGCCUUCGCCGUCCCCCUCUCUGAGCCCUAACCCCUCCCAGUCAUCGCACUCUCCAUCCAUAAGCCCCUCCCCCUCAUCCCAACAGCCCCGCCCCCAGCUGACUCACUGCUUUUUGGAACACGUGUUCCGUCGGCCAACCAGCUGUCAACUGUGCAAGCACAUAAUUGUGGGGAACUCCAAACAGGGCCUGCGCUGUAAGACAUGUAAGAUGGGAGCUCAUCUCUGGUGCACGUCAGAACUCUCCCAGCAGCCCUGUCAAGGCAAGUCGGGGAUGUUCAAAAGGAACUUCAGCUCUCCGUUACUUGGCAACGAUCAGUUAGGAGUCGUAAAGGAGGCCCAGACCACCCAAGAAGCCAAAACUUCUGUGGACCCGGUAUACGCCACUUUGCGUUACGGUACCUCUCUGGCCCAGAUGAGCCGGUCCAGUUUCGGGAGCGUGAGCGAAUCUCCGACCCGCAGCCUGGAGGGGAAGAAAAAGAGGAGGGAACAGGAGGUAUGGAGGAAGAGACCAGCCAAGAAACAGAGAGGGUGGAUCUCUCCGUCUCGGAAGACGACAAGUGUGAAGUGGAAGACGCAACAAAGGCAAGCGCUUUCAUCUCUCGUUCCUAAACGCAUCGAAGUUCAUUCUCUCCAUACAUAUGUGGCACUCUACAAGUUCCUGCCCCAAGAACCAAAUGACCUAGAACUACACCCUGGUGACAGAGUUCAAGUCACAGAUGACUCUAAUGAAGAGUGGUGGAAGGGUAAAUGCGGGGACCGGGUGGGUUUUUUCCCUGCUAAUUUUGUCCAGAGGGUCCGUCCUGGUGAACGGGUGUGGAGAGUCACACAGGGUGUCCAUGGUAACCGGGAGAUAGGGCACAUGGCAGUGAAGGAGUCUCAGAUCUGUGUAGGGAAAAAUGAGGAUAGUAAUGGCUUUCUGAGGCUUACCAGCGGGAAGAAAAGGGGACUGGUGCCCACUGACUCUCUGGAGGAAAUCUGA